CAGGGGAUGAACAACCAGUACGUGCGCCGGGAGGUCUUCUGCCGGAACACCUGUCACGAGCUCAAGCGCUUCUGGGAGCGGGAGAUCGGCAAGCAGACUUUCUACCGCCAGUCGGAGGAGCACCGCCUGGGAAGAAGCGCGCUGCAAAAGCUCAGAGAGGAAUGGAAGCAGAGGCUGGAAACCAAGCUGAGGCUGCGGAACAAUCAAGAUGACACUGAAAAGCAGGCCAACGUUGGCCGCGAGCUCCUGGCUUCACUGACGCCAGAGGGCACGAAGCCCUGA